AUGCUUCACUACGGAGCUUCGGUGGUCCGGAGCAGGGUCCCCAGCGGUUCCAGCGGGCAGUUUAACCCGGCGCUGCUCGCUUCUUCGUGCGGGGUCCAGAAGCAGUCGUUCGCCCUGCACGGCCCGCAAUUGCUGGCCAGCUUGCAGCUGCAGAAACUCAACAGCCAGUACCACAGCUCGGCGCUGCCGCCAGCUCCGCUGCCCGGGGACGGCCAGGCCCUGGGGGAUGUGCAACCCUCGGCUCAGGCCACUGCGGGGACCCCGGCCCCUCACGCACCGGGCAUCAUCGACACCGACCUCAUCGACGAGGACGUGCUCAUGACCCUGGUGUUGGAGCUGGGCUUGGACCGAGUGAACGAGCUGCCCGAACUCUGGCUGGGCCACAAUGAAUUUGACUUCACCUCGGACGUGGCGUCGGUCACUUGCUGA